UUAGACACACAACAAGCAGCCCAGGGCACUUACACAACCCACUGUGUAUUUCCGUGUUACUUCCUUGUUCUGUCUUAUCUUUGGUAUUUUUCUGGAGAGAAUGUGUAGACAGCGGUAAUUUUUGGGGGAUUCGGCUACUUAUCAAUGCGAGCGACAGAUACGCAUAAUAAUUGUUUUCUUUAGAUCCCCGCCUUGCGGUUACUGAUUCGUCAAGACCCGCUGAGGUGAUCAGGAGCUGUAGGACUUCUUCACCCCAGUACUUCUCGUCGAUGGCAGACUCCCGAGAAAGACGGAAAACCGGCGAAGAUGAGCCUCAGGGUGCAGUCGGGGGUGAAGAUGUCAUCGACGACAGAAUUAUGGAACAAGGAGCUGUUGUUUUAAGAGGGUAUGUCAUAGAGAGGGUCAGUGCAGAAAACCCAGAGAGACGUUUGACUCCAGAGGACCUUGGUGGCAGACCCAACGAACUAGAGGACCACCAAGUCAAAGAAGUGGUACAACAGCUGCUGCUGAUCGCUGAUGACCUGAACAGAAAUGCUGAGCUACAACACCUAAUAAGCACAGUCCAGGUAAACUGUGUCCAGGAUGUGUUCUUCUCAGUGGCCAGGGAAAUCUUUGCAGAUGGUAUCAACUGGGGCAGAGUGGUCUCCCUGUUUCACUUGGCCUACAAGCUUAUUUACAAGGUAACACAGGCACUGACACAGAACCACUUAGAAAUCAUCAAGAAGGUUAUUAGCUGGGUAUUACAGUUCAUCAGGGAAAAUGUCUCCGCUUGGAUCCGACAGCAAGGAGGAUGGGAGGCGGUUGUUAGCACCGUGUCACAUUGGCGUACUGUGUCGCUUGUGGCUGCAGUGGCUUUCGUGAUGGCCGUGGUUUACUGGAGGAAAACACGCUGACAUCAUCUCAGGAAGUGCCCUUGGUGAAAUCAAAGUGCCCUUAAAAUGUGGACAGUUCUCUAGGAAGACAGGUUAAUGUGUUAUGUCCUGUGCAGUUGAUUUGACUUUGGGGCACAGGUGACCUAGUAAUCUUUAUUUUUAUAUGUGUAUAUAUAUAUAUAUAUAUAUGAUGAAUUGAUCUGAAAAGGGAGAGUCAGGGGCUUUUUGGUACAGUACUCCAAACUGAGCAAGUAUUUAUUAGUACCAAUGUGAAACAGAAUUUUUCUAUUGCUCAAAAAAUAACCUUGUAAGGUGUUUUAUUGGACAUUAGAUGUUUUAUUGAAUCCCAAAUCUUCUAUUGAUUUGGAAUUAAAAGUAAACCACUACUAUUUUUUCACAGCUCUAAAUAGGUAUUAUAUAGAGUGGUGCAAAAAAGUAUUUAGUCAGCCACCAAUUGUGCAAGUUCUCCCAC